AUGAGCGCUUAUGUUAAGCUGUUUGCUGAAGAGGUUUCGGAUGAAAAAGUGAUUAAUCUAGAGGAAGUUAAAUGGUACCUAUCAUGUUUAUUUGGUCUUUGGUAUGUUUUUGUUCUUACAGUAGUCAGUUACGGUUGGUUAGAGAUAAUUACCAAGUUUAGAAAUCGCGGACAUAAUGAUAGGCUUGAAGAAGCCGAUAAGGAGCCCGUGACAAUUAUACGACCGUGUAAGGGUGUUGAUGCGGAGAUGGAAGCGUGUCUUGAAAGUUCAAUAUUACAGGAUUAUCCAAGGGACAAGAUUGAGGUUAUAUUUGCUGUUUCAAAUGUUGAUGACGCUACUGGUCCGAUCAGUAUAAUCAAGUCGCUUUUGGCUAAAUACCCUGGGUACGAUAUCAAACUAUUGAUUGGGGAGGAUGAUUACGGCAUAAACCCAAAAGUCAACAAUCUUACUAAGGCUUAUAUGCUAGCGAAGCAUGAUAUUAUCUGGAUAAUGGAUUCUAAUGUAUGGAGUUUGCCGAAAACGUUGUCACAGAGCGUUGCAAGCUUACAGUUUUCACUAGAUAAUGGGAGGAAAACGAAGAGGCCGGUAGUUCUGACACAUCACCUUCCGGUCGGAAUUAGUUUGAGAAGCGAGCUGAUUGGUGACAGGCUCGAAGAGACGUUUCUUUCCACCGCUCACUGUAAACUAUACGUUGCAAUUAAUAAAUUGAGUCUCCUUCCAUGUGUAAAUGGAAAAAGUAACUUAUUUAGGCGAAGCGCUCUUGAUGAGGCUGUUCAUAUGAUUGGGGAGGGUAAGAUCGGUAAUGCUUUUAAGGACAAGGCUGAAAUAGAGUAUGCGAAGAAAAUCUCGACGUCUAGAGACGCUGUGUCACUGUCAGGGAAUAAGUGCGUUGAAAUUACUUUCGACGGGUCAUUCCAAGAGCGCAUAGUGCAUAUUCCAACCAAACAGCCGAACCAUGGGAUCGGCUUCUUUGCUAGAUACUAUGGUGAAGAUAAUAUGAUUGGUACUGCGCUAUGGGAGUCAAGUCAUGGGCGCACAGCUAUGAUUGGGCACUCUGUUUAUCAGCCUUUGGAUUCCAAGACUAAUAAGCUUAGUUUUUCGAAUUAUGUGAAUAGGCGGGUGAGGUGGAUUCGUGUGCGGAAGUAUAUGGAUUUAUUGCCGACCCUGUUGGAACCGCUUACUGAAUCCAUUUUACUUGGAGCGAUAGGUGCCUUUGGGAUACCUAGGAUAGUUCCAGCGCUUGCAGCUGAUCCGAAAAAGAAUAGCGUGCUCUUCUUUGUGCUGCACAUGAUCAUCUGGUGCUUUAUGGACAGGAUGCAGUAUAAUACACUGUUCCCAAGAGAUUACAGAUUGGACGAUUUUGUGAAUGAAGAAGCUAGUUUGCCCUAUUUUCUUGAUUACGAGUUUCAUUAUCGGUACCUUACUGACUGGUUCAUGUUUUGGGUGUUGCGUGAAGCUUUAUCAUUUCCUAUAUGGCUCGUUGCCAUGUGCGGCUCAAAAGUCACAUGGAGGGGUAAAGAAUUUAAAGUUAACCUUAGUAUGCCUGAGGUUGAUGUAAUUUCACAUGGUGCGUUAAAGAACUCUAAGCAAACCUUAGUAUAUCCGAGGUUGGCGUAA